AUGAAAAUCUUGAUUAGUGUCUUUGCCAUGAUCGUUACGGUUGCAUCACAACAGGCCCCCUCUAUCCAAAGUGAACUCCUGAAGGCCCGUGAUGAAUGUUAUAAAUCCGAAAACGUUUCACAGUCAGAUAUUGAAAAGUUGAACAAUCAUGAAUAUGACGAGGACUUGAGUCAUGAGGCCAAAUGCCACAUUCGUUGCUUUGGUAUGAAAACAGGACUCUGGGAUGACACCCAUGGAUAUAACGUCGAAAAGAGUUACCAGUACGUUGUCAAUACUGGAUCCAAGGUUAGCAAGGAGGAUUUGCGGAAGUGCGUGACGCCAAAUACUGAUGAUGACGAUAAGUGUACAUGGGCUGCUAAGAACAUGAGGUGUUUGUCGAAAAACGAAUACUUCAGAAUGAAACUAUAG